AUGUUCGCAGCCUCGGCGCUGCCUCUAUGGAGUUCCAGGUCUUGCAAUGUUGCUGUUGCAUCCGCGAGGGCGAACGUGGUGCGGCAACACAGUCAUAUCGAAGGCGCAGGCCGACCUCGGCGGCAUCGCUUUAAGAUGUGCUUUGCAGCAACCAGAGAGCACGAUGACGACAGAAAUUUUCGAGUGGGUGAGGAUUUUUUGGCUAAAGCUCGCGCUUCUGCUGAGGAUUUACGUGCACGUCUCUGCACAGUCGCGGACGGAAAGUUGCGAGUUAUCUCUCUGAUCACUUAUACGGACACGCAGUUAAGGCCUCUGGCACCUGAGAAAAGAACAAGCUCUACUCGAGUUAACGGCUGUACUUCGGUAACGUUUGUCGAGCCACACUUUGGAACGACUUGCGGGGGCGAAACCUGCGUCAGGUACCUCGAGGGUUAUUCUGACUCGCGCCUCGCAAGCGGAGCAAUUGUUUUGUUGUCCUUGGCACUCUGUGGAAAAACGCUUCCAGAGAUUGAGCGCUUUCGGGCGGAUACGCUUCUCGAGUCUUUUUGUUUGCGCGAGAUCGUGAUGUCGCCCCGAAUGGGAGGCGUAAAAGCCAUUCUGCGGCACGUUCAAGAACGAAUGCAAGUCGUAUGCAGCGGGCGCCAUCUCGCGCCGCAAGAACCUGCAACGCUCACCCAGAAGUCUUACAGCGCAAACCUUGAUGUUGUAGGACCUGUUCUAGGGGACGAAUCGCCUGCAGAGGUUGCGGUCCUGCUCUCUGGUGGGGUCGACUCCGCUGUCGCGAUGGCUUCUUUGUUGGAGCGAGGAUUCCGAGUGCAGCCCUUUUAUCUCAAGAUAUGGCUGGAGGACGAACUAGCCAAUUUGGGCCGUUGCCCCUGGGAGGACGAUAUCCGGGACGCCGAGAAGGUCUGCGCAGCACUGGCCCGAAAGUACAACCAAAGGGUGCAACUCGAGACACUAUCUCUCCAAGAGGAAUACUGGAGUCGUGUCGUCCAGUAUACAAUAGACGAGGCGCGCCGAGGGCGAACGCCGAACCCUGACAUCAUGUGCAACAGCCGAAUCAAAUUUGGGGCCUUCCUGGAUUCUUUGGGUCAGAGAUACGCUCUAGUAGCUAGUGGGCACUAUGCCCGGGUAGUAACUAUGCGGCAUACUGAGAGGGGAGGCGAGACGCAUGCUGUGGCGCAGCUCUUCUGCUCCCCUGACAUCGUCAAAGAUCAGACGUACUUUCUCUCGCAGCUGUCCCAGCAGCAAUUGUUGAAAGCUACAUUUCCCAUAGGUGACUUGACAAAGAGCGCGGUCCGUCGACUCGCUCGGGAACGCUAUAAUCUGCCUAAUUGUGACCGACCAGACUCUCAGGGUAUUUGUUUUCUAGGAAAAUUGAAAUUCGAACAAUUUCUCGAGCAUUACCUUGGCACCUGGGCGGGGCCCAUCAUGGAGGCAGAGUCGGGUCGAUUUUUGGGCACGCAUCGAGGAUUUUGGUUCUACACCAUAGGACAGCGGAAAGGGCUGGCACUGCCUGGCGGCCCUUGGUACGUCGUCGGAAAAGAUCUAGAGAACAACAUCGUGUUGGUCAGUCGAGAACGUUCACAAUGCAACGUGACUUGUCGCUCGUUUAUUGUGGAAAAUGUGAACUGGAUCGGAUGGGAACAUAGCAACACUAACGAAGAACCCAUGCGAUGUCGCGUGAAGAUCCGUCACGGUCCAAGAAGCGUGUCAGCAGAGGUCCACUGCCUAGAACCGAAAAAUCAGUCUUGGAUCAUUGCUCUCGAUGAACCGGAGUCUGGUAUUGCCCCGGGGCAGUUUGCAGUGUUUUAUAGAGAAAACCAGUGCCUUGGGGGCGGCGUCAUCGCUUCGGUACCCGCGCUACAAGUGUCCCGAACAAUCCAGAGACGCAGCAUGACCGAGGAGUGCACCAUCUAG